AUGAUUGAAGACUAUAAAGUGUUACAAACUAUUGAAAGAAGAGAAAUUCGAUAUCAAGCUCUGAACCAUAUCAAUGAUAUUUUACAUUCCACGGGUCAUGAUGUAAAUGAGUAUGAACUUAUCUCAGAAACUAUCAGGCCUUCUACGGCAGCAAAAGAGGCAAAAGAGAUUCAUUUUGAAAGAUCUAUUAUUGUUAGCGAAGAUGACGUAUUGUUGCAUAGGAAAUUAAACAAAAAUCAAUUGAUUGCAUAUAAUGUGAUUACUGAAAGGAUAUUUUCGAAUAAAUCAGCUUUGGCAACAACUACUUCUGGUGUUGCUGCUUCUAUUUUCUCGGGAGGACGUACUGCAUAUUCACGUUUCAAAAUUCCUAUUGACAUCGAUGAAAAUGCCAGUUGUAACAUUAGCAAAGAAAGCGCACUUGCAGGUUUAAUCCGAGAUGCAAAAUUGAUUGUAUGGGAUGAGGUAUCUAUGGCUAAAAAAAGAAUGUUGAAAGUUUUUGAUCUACUCUUAAAAGAUCUGAUGGAUACAAAUGCAUUAUUUGGCGGAAAAGUUGUUGUUUUAGGAGGUGACUUCAGACAAACUCUUCUUGUUGUGCACUAUGGAAAAAAAGAAGAUUUCAUCAAUGAAAGUUUAUUAUAUUCUAGCAUUUGGAAUGAACUUGAAAAAUUAAAAUUAUCUGAGAAUAUGAGAGCAAAAACAGAUCCUGCAUUUUGUGAUUAUUUGUUAAGAAUUGGAAAUGGACAAGAACGAGUCAAUUCAGCAAACAAGAUUGAAAUUCUAGAUUCUUUGAUUAUUCCUUACACAAAAAGAAUCCCUCGAUAA